CGCAUUCCACCCAUAUAUUUCUUCUCCCCUCCCCUCACCGCCUUUCUCACUAUAUCCUGCUCAAAGAGCGUGAAUUGGAGCGUCUCGCUGACACGACUUUGAAUCCCAACCGCUUUCUCAUCAUGGAGUCUAACGCUCUCGCCGCAGAGCUAACAAAGCUCAAUUCGACAGAUUCUGACCUCCGUCUCAUGGCUUUGAGCGACAUUGGCAAGCAGCUCAGAAAUGUACCUGGCACCUCGAAGACCUUAUCGUCGAGAGAUCAUUUUCUGGCAGACCAAUCUUCCGAGUCCCGUUUGGUCAACAAGGUCACCGAGAUCUUGCAGACAGAUCCAAACUCGGAAGUGAAGAAUAUGGCCGUGUCGGUUAUCGCCGUAUUGAGCAAACGAUGUCGGAGAGCUUUACUUCAUCCUAUCAUACAAUCUCUCACAGAUGGUAUAAAUAGCAAGUCGGAAGAAGAGAGAGAGAUAGCGUGUCUGGCAUUGAAAGCCGUGGUGUCAGAAAUCACCAUAACAGAUCAGAAACAGAUAAUUGAGGUGGAAUUGAUCAAUGAGAAAUGUUUAGCGGGUCUCAAUACGCCAGAGGUCGAAACCCAGACUGCUGCUCAGCUUUGUCAAAUUCUUUCAGAUCUAUACACCCGGACAGCCGACUUUAUUGUCAUCUCAGACAAGAUACAAUCAUCUGCACAGAAAUCACUGAUACCCUUGUUCUACUCCACCACUCCUGCCAUUCGCAAACGUGUCAUUUCCACUUUUGCCGUCCUUGUCUCCAUCAUUCCAAAUCUAUUCGAUGACCAUCUCAAAGGCAUCAUCCUGCAAGGCUUACAAGGUGACAAUGAUGGACCGAGGACAUCGGUAUUCAUCAUCAACGUUUUAGCGAAGACUUCAUUGUCGAGCAAGAUCGGGGUGUUCGUGCAGGAAAGCGAUUCGGCUGUCAUUCGGGCGAUUAUCGAUUUCGCCAAGCUCGCCCCGAAUGUGGAUUCUAUGGAGACAAUCGAGGCAGCUCUUGGCACUCUUGAAACACUAUUACUCCGAUGUCCUACGGAAAUGUCGGGCUUUAUCAUGCCCGUCACCCAACUAGCCUUGGACUUGAUCAAAUAUGACCCCAAUUAUGUGACGAAUGACGAGGAAGAUGAAGAUAUGGAAGACGAACAAGAAGAGGAUGACGAAUACGACGAAGAUCCCUACUCUGAUGACGAAGAUGACUCUUGGAAGCUACGACGCGCCGCAGCUAAAAUCCUUUACGCUUUGAUUGGUACACGUAACGAAUAUCUGACAGAAUUCUUCAAUUCCGCCGCAAUACCCCUAAUUGCUCGCUUCAGUGAGAGAGAAGAGAGCGUCCGUCUCGAAGUGUUGUCCGCUUUUGAGAACCUUCUCAAGCAAAUUGCCAUUGCCAAGUCUGCUGAGGUCGCCUCGGGCGGCAGGAAUAAGAGAAAGAGAAGUCAGGACAUGGAUGAGGACAGUGUGACGGAAGAUAGUAUUAUCACCUCUGUCCGAACCUGCGUUCCCAGCCUGCUCAAGUCGCUACUGAAACAACUAUCCUCCAAGUCGAUAUUGACCAGGGAGAAGAGCUUUAAUCUCCUUCGCCUUGUGACCGAAAUCCUCGAGGGUGAUUUAGAUACGAGCUCUGAUUCCAUCUGCGAUGCCUCGGUUCAAGCCUUGCGAUACACAGAAGGGGCAUCGUCUUCUCUUACCAUCGCCGCCCUCUCUUUCUUCACCGUCUUUUUCAAGUACCAAAUAUCUCGCGUAUACGCCAAACAUCUCCCCGCUCUUGUUCCUUCUAUCGUCCGAUGUAUGAAAUCUAAGCUCCAGCGAGUAAGCUUUAAAGCUUUCGCUACAGCCUCCGCUCUGGCGCAAUCAGCGCGACCCAGGGGCUCGUCGUCACCAUUGCCAAACCCUCUUGCACAGCCCAUUGAACAGCUCUUGGCUGCUACUACAGACGUGCUAGGCGAUGCCACCGUUGAUGGUGAAGUCCGUGAACAAGCUCUGGAAACCCUCGGAACUUUACUAGUACACGAAGGCGACGUUUUAUCUUCUCGCGUGUCAACCUGCUUGCCUCUCAUCGGUGCUCGCCUAGGAAGUGAAGCCACUGCCACCGCCGCCAUUGUCGUCAUUGGCAAAAUAGCCGACUCGACCACAUGCGAAGCACCAGAGUUUGACUCUUGGUUCUUGGAGACCUUGCCUCAUGUCGUAUCCGCCCUUCGACGAUCUCGCAAGACGUCGAGUCGUGCACCCGAGCUCAUCUGUUUACAAAACAUCCUCCUGAGGUUAGGCGACACUCUACCUCCAGCCAAAGCCAUUGAGAUAGUUUCCGAGUUGCGGUCGACCAUCGACACUGCUCCCUCCAUACAGGUCAUCGCGACACUCCUUGAACAGCAACCUGCCUGUCGACCACCAGUAGUCGAAUUGGUCCCAUCAGUAUUACAAGUGGUAAAAUCUUCAAACAUCAACAGCGCCCUCAUCGACGCCCUUCUGCGAUUCUUCGGGGCUUACGUCGACGGCGACGUCGACUGUGCCACAAGACUCGUGCCGGCGUUGGUAGACAACCUCGGUACUGAAGCCUCUCUCCCAAACGGAACGAUUGGUGGUGCUUCCGCUCAGCUCACCACGGCCAAAUGCAUCGGUAUGGUCGUCAAGCAUUCUCAGAGAAAUGCUGCAGGUGUAGUGACCAUGUUUCACAGGAUGAUCAAAUCGGCAAAAGCUACCGAGGCCAGUGUAUAUCUCGCCCUCCUUUGCGUGGGUGAGAUAGGAAGGACAACGGAUCUAUCAGCAAACACGGACUUGUUUGAAUUGACCCUCACGCUGUUCCAGAACCCUAGUGAGGUCAUUCAAUCGGCGGCAGCUUUUGCGGUUGGCAACAUGGCUGUCGGAUCUCCCAGAGUCCUUCUUCCCAUGCUCGUGAGACAUAUUGAAAGCGGGACGACUGAAAAUGUACGGAUCCUUCUCUUGCACGCUCUCAAAGAGGUCGUCCUGCACUCCCCGACGGCACAACUGGAAGUCAUUGCUGAUUCUCUAUGGCGACCACUGUUUGAGAGUCCAAAGUCCGCGAAAAAAGCUGGUGAGAAAGAGGAGUUGGGAGACGAUGGGAUCAGGAAUGUGAAGGCUGCUUGUAUUGGCAAGCUCACAACGGCCGCACCAGCCAGAUUCCUUCCGCAACUUCAGGAGCUUCUCCGAUCCUCACCGGAAAACAGGGCGCUUGUUGCGGCCGCCGUCCGAUAUACGUUCACAGACACCUCUUCGUCGUAUGAUGAGCUUAUCGCGCCGAUCAUUGUCGACUUUUUGUCACUCAUGCAUGAUGAGAAUUUAGUUGUAAGGAGAUUAUCUCUCGCUUCUCUGAAUGCUGCAAUGCAGAAUAAACCCCAUCUCAUAUUUGACAAAUUGGGAGUGUUACAGCCGUUGUUGUAUCAAGAGACGGAGAUAAAGCCGGAGUUGCAGAGAACUAUCAUGAUGGGACCUUUCAAGGUCACCCAAGAUGACGGAUUGGAGAACCGUAAGACUGCGUAUGAGACGAUGUACACUUUGCUCGGUGCAAGCUUCUACAAAGUCGACCUAGGCACAUUCACCGACAGGGUCUUGGCCGCUCUGAAAGAUGUCAACGAAAUUAAAGUUUUAGGACUUAUGUUACUCCUCCGUCUAGGAGAGUGUGCACCUACGACCAUCUUGCCAAGAUUGGACGAUACGGUCGAGUCACUCAAAGGAGUGAUGAAGGAUGUAGAAGUGAAAGACGAUACGGUGAAGCAAGAUCUGGAACGGAAAGAAGAAUUACAAAGAUCAGUCAUACGUACAGCUGUACCAUUGUAUCAGAUGAGUACACCUCAACAAGCUCCGGCUUUUCACGCUUUUGUACAAAGUGUGUUGAAUACAGAUAGGUGGAAGAGUUACAGGGAUAUGUAG